UGUUUAUUUAAAAAGAUAAUUCCUUUUAAUUAAGAUAAAACGUACCUGGCUCUGAACUGGACCUGGAUGAAGAGGAAUGGCGCCUCUUCAUCACGUAACGCUCCUCCUGCUGUCUGUCUGCAUAAUGGUCGGUUCUCCUGGUGGGACAAACAUCCCAGCAGAACCAGGACAGAACAUAAUUCUACCAUGUAACGCUUUUAAGUACAAAGCUGUUGUCAUCGUGGAGUGGAGCAGAACUGAUCUGGGGGAAAUGGAGCAUGUUGCUCUGUUUCAAGAUGAAAGACUCGACUAUCAUGGUCAGCAUCCAGCGUAUAAGAACCGAGUGGACAUGGAGGACAGAGAGCUGAAGCAUGGAGACGUGUCUUUGUUUCUGAAGAAUGUGACGAUUAAUGAUUCUGGAACAUAUCAGUGUCGGGUUGAUGGGCAGAAGAAACGCAGGAGAAGAGCUCACUUGGAUACUGAUCCCAUCUGCACCAUCAAUCUGCUUGUAGCUCCUCCUCCUCCAGGGAAGAAUGAGGAACAAAAAUAUGUUAGAGAGAAGGAGGAGGAGGAAAAAGACGAUGGAGGGAACAAGAAUGGAACUACAGUUGGUGUCUUAGUUGGAGUAAUUGUUGGAGUUGUUAUUUUGGGUGUAGUUGUUGGAGGUUUGCUCUAUAAAUACUGGAGACGUUCGGAUCAAGAACAGAACCGGCCUCCUGCAGAAGAAACAGAACGUGAACUUAUGAGUCCUUGAAACUGUCCUCCUGCUGAAUCAUGAACAUCAGAGCAUCAUUUCCACCUGGAGAAACCUGCAGCUCUGUGCCAGAAGCUGUGAAGCAAAACUCUGACUGAUUCAUAUUUACCUGCAUCUGUCACAGGAUAUUAAUGCAGAGAAUGAAGCUAAUGUCAGAAAACUGCCUGAAAUGAUUGUUAAAGUUGAACCUGCAGCUUCUAGUUCAUGUUUUCUACUAAAUGUGAAUCUGUGUCCUGUCUGUCUCUGAGUAGCUCUGUGAUGGACUGGUGACCCAUCUGGACCGGACCGACUCUGGCCCAUUAACCUGGACACAGGCUACACCCCUACACCCCCACUGGGUUAAACAGUUAUAGAUGUAAACUAAAUGCUAUUUUUAUAUUACUUCAAAUAAAAACAG